GAAGGACGGAGAGCGCUGAGGAGACUUCGGGGCCGCCGGUGGGGACCGUGAGGGGAACGGGGUCGGGGCUGGACAUACACAGGAAAACAGCGCCCAGGAUUGCAUUUUCGUGUGGAGAAUCUCGAUGGUGAAGCUGAAUCAUGCCGUAUAUUGGUGGUUUUGGAUACAUAUAUUUAAUUAAAAGUCAGAUGAGGACACAGUUCUAAACCUGAAGUAAAGGGGAGGAAGAAGUGGCAAUGCCUUCUGAGGGGGCAGAAUACACCAUUGGGGGGGUGAAGAUCCUCUUCCCCUGCAAGGCUUACCCCUCCCAGCUGGCCAUGAUGAAUGCUAUUGUGAAAGGUUUAAAUACCAGGCAGCACUGUUUGCUGGAGAGCCCUACAGGAAGUGGGAAAAGCUUGGCAUUACUUUGCUCUGCAUUAUCAUGGCAGCAAUCUCUGCAUGAGAAAUCCCUGCUGAGCUCCUCGGGGGAGAAGGAGGACAGGAAGGCAGAGACGUCCCCCCUGUGCCACUGCCCGUGUCAUUCCCAGCCCAGGAGCAACGAGGCUGCACCGAGUGGGAAUCCUGGUGCUUCUGGUCCUUCUAAUCACUGGGAAACAGCAGCUUCCAUGAAACCUGGAAGCCCCCUGACAAACACAGAAUGUAAGGAAAACGAAACUCUGGCUUCGAAAUUGGCUGCCAAAAAGAAGUCAUCUCUCCAUGACAGUGAGAAUGAUGAUUUUCAAGUGGACAGGAAGAGGAUCCGUCCUUUAGAAACAGAGCAGCAGGUCAGAAAACGCCACUGUUUGGCCAGAGGAGUCCAGUUGGUUGAUGCUUUAGAAGUUUAUCACCAGAGGAAAAAUGGAGAGCUCACUGUUCACUCUGAAAAAAGUGUGAAAACCACUGCUUGUUCUCCCCAAACGCCUUCUGCCCCUUGCACUGAAUGUUCCUGCUCUUCUGGAAAAGAACCCACUAAGGAUCCCAGUCACACAAAGAAGAAGGAAAAUGGAGAUCGCUUGUCUGUUCCCAAAAUAUUUUUUGGAACACGGACUCACAAGCAAAUAGCCCAGAUCAGCAGGGAGCUGAAGAGAACAGCCUAUUCCUCUGUCCCCAUGACCAUCCUGUCCAGCAGGGAUUACACCUGCAUCCACCCAGUGGUAUCCAACAGUGGGAGCAACAGGAAUGAAAUGUGUGUAGAACUGCUGGAAGGAAAAAAUGGCAAGUCCUGUGCUUACUACCACGGGGUCCACAAGCUCAGUGAGCACCAGGCCCUGCAGGCUGCCCAUGGGCUCUACCAGGCCUGGGACAUCGAGGACCUGGUGAGCCUGGGCAGGAAACUUCGUGCCUGUGCUUAUUUUGCAGCCAGGGAGCUCAUGGUGGGGGCAGACAUCGUGUUUUGUCCCUACAAUUAUCUCCUGGACCCGCAGAUAAGGGAGAGUAUGGACAUCAACCUAAAGGGCCAGGUGGUGAUUUUGGAUGAAGCCCAUAACAUCGAGGACUGUGCUCGGGAGUCUGUGAGCUUUGGGGUGACAGAGGCUCAGCUCAGGGCUGCUCGGGAGGAGCUGGAUUUCAUGGUCAGCAACAACAUCAGGCAGAAGGACCAUGGGCCCCUGAGAGCUGUGUGCUGCUCCUUGAUAAACUGGCUGCAGGAGAGCUCUGGUCAGCUGGUGGAGAGAGGGUAUGAAACUUCCUGUAAGGUGUGGAGUGGCAAAGAAAUGCUCACCUUUUUGCACCAAAUGGGAAUAACUGGUAUUACUUUCCCCAUUUUACAGAAACAUCUCGUGACUGUGCUGGAAAAAGAAGAGAAAAGGUCUGUGCAUGGCAGGGAAGAACUUGUUGAGAUCCCAGUUGUGAGCCCUGCCACCCAAAUAGUGCUCAAAGGGCUCUUCAUGGUUCUUCUGUAUCUCUUCAAAGAUAACAGCAGGUUUGCAGACGAUUACAGAGUUGCUCUGCAGCAAACUUACACUUGGCUGAGUGAAAAGCACCCAGAGGAUUCCGACACGAGCUCCUACUUUGCACGGCCCAGGCACAGGAAGAGUUCCAGGCAGAAGACCCUCGUCCACCUGCUCAGUUUUUGGUGCUUGAACCCUGCUGUGGCCUUUUCUGACCUCAGUGAAGUGAGAACAAUCGUCCUGACAUCUGGAACUCUCUCUCCCAUGGAUUCCUUUUCCUCGGAGCUUGGGGUGAGGUUUUCCAUCCAGCUGGAGGCGAAUCACGUCAUCCGCAACUCCCAGGUGUGGGUGGGCACAGUGGGCACCGGCCCCAGCGGCCGCAAGCUCUGUGCCACCUUCCAGCACACCGAGACCUUCGAGUUCCAGGAUGAGGUGGGGGCACUGCUGCUCUCAGUGUGUCAGACAGUUGGCCAAGGAAUCCUCUGCUUUUUGCCAUCUUAUAAG